AAUUCAUUAGUCAGUAAAUCUGAGGGUUGGCUAAAUUGAAGAAGUUUUUCCCUUAAAAGCCAAAGAUUUCUUGAUAUGGUUGCUUAAAGGUAGAUCAAUCACCUGCUUUAUACUCGUUUUUCAAGGUGGAAUGGAGAAUCUAGCAGCGGAUCAUCUUCCUGAAGUAGAUUCACUGCCUGACGGUUUUGUGGAAGGCUCAUUAGUGGAGCCAUUGGCACCGUCUACUCCAUUACCCGAAAGAGAUAAGCUUUUAGCUGAUUAUAAGGAAGAGGAAGUAGCAGAAGUUGAUGACUAUAAAGAAGAGAAAUUAGUGGAGUUCGAUUCAGGCCUUGAUUUAGCUGCCAAUGGAAUUCAUCUGUGUGAUACAACCUGUGAAAAGGGUGAAAAGGAUGAAAAUUUAAGGACUUUUCCUGUUCCAUUAUGUGAAAAUGAUGGUUUUGAUAAGUUAGUACUGUCGGUAGGUAGUGAAGCUUGUACUAUGGUGCGAGACACCAUGAUUCCUGAGGACAUAGCUAACCCUGUACCAGGUGAUGGAGGCAAGGUUACUUGUAAUAUGCUGCCUCAAACACUUUCUGGAGAAAUAUUAGCUCCAGUGGAUAAAGAUAAUGGAAAUGCAGGAGGAUUAAGGGAACAAGUUGCAACUGAACAGAAUAUAUCAUCCAUAAAUGCAGAGAUCAGCAACAAAGCAGAGAUCUCAGAAGUCAAACGUAAAAACUCAAAGCGUAAUUUGAAGUCCGAAAAGGAAUUUCUACAGUUUUCUUUGAAAUACCAACAAGUUCUUGCAGAAAGGGAUGCAGUUAUUGCUGUUCGAGAUAAACUUGAGUCACUGUGUCGGGAGUUACAAAGGCAGAACAAGAUGCUAAUGGAUGAAUGCAAAAAGGUCUCAACAGAGGGGCAGAACUUGAGAUUGGAUCUAUCAAACAGAUUCCAAGAUGCUGUUAAGGAAAUAAACAUUAAGCUGGAAGAACAAAAAGAUGAAUGCCUAUCACAGCUGAAGGAGAAUGAGAUGUUAAAAAUAAAACUGAAGCAUCUUGCUGAUCAGUAUACACUUUCAGAGCAGCAGUAUGCUCAGAAGUUGAAACAAAAAUCGCUAGAACUCCAGAUUGCUGAUUUGAAAACUCAGCAGCAUGAGGAGAAAUUACGCCAAGAGCAGUCUCAGAUGAAGAUAUAUGCAGAACAAAUGUCACAAUUGCUGGAAACUGAAAGAAAUCUGCGCUUGCAGCUAACGGCUGAUGGUGAAAAAUUCCAGCAAUUCCAGGAUGCCUUGGUAAAAAGCAACGAGGUCUUUGAGACAUUCAAAAAAGAGAUAGAGAAGAUGACAAAGUCAAACAAGGAACUGAAAAAGGAAAACUCAUUUUUGAAGAGCAAAUGUGAGAAAUCUGACUUUACACUAGUUCAACUCGUAGAAGAGAGAGAGCUCCAAAAGAAACAAUUGGAGAAGACAAGGAAACAAAAGGAAAAGCUUGAGUCCUUGUGUAGGUCACUUCAAGCGGAAAGGAAGCAACUAAUAGUUGAACCUUUGCCAACCCAAUAGCAGCUUGAAAUUGUUAUCAGCAUAAAAAACUUUUGGCCUGGUUUUGCUCUUUCGAAACUUAUAAUGAUCAUGAUGUUGUAAGAUAAUCAUGUGGACCGCUUCGAUGUUCAUUUUGAAGCGAUACACAUGUUUUUGAUAUUGCCUGGAUUAGAAAAAUCUGUCUAUGCUUGAUUCUGGUCAUCUUAAUUAUUCAUUGGCCUCUUCAAUCACACACCUAGAGGUUCUUGAUUAUGAACUCUCAAAUU